AUGGCUCAAGAUGAAUCUAUUAGAAUGGUCCUUAUCGGACCACCAGGUGCUGGUAAAGGUACUCAAGCUCCAAACUUAGUCAACAAGUUUGGUGCUUGCCAUUUGGCCACCGGUGACAUGUUAAGAUCUCAAAUUGCCAAAGGUACCGAUUUGGGUAAAGAAGCUAAGAAGAUCAUGGACCAAGGUGGGUUGGUUUCUGAUGAAAUCAUGGUCAACAUGAUUAAAGAUGAAUUGUUGAAUAACCCAGCUUGUAAGAAAGGUUUCAUCUUGGAUGGGUUCCCAAGAACUAUCCCACAAGCUGAAAAAUUAAACGCCAUGUUGAUUGAACAAAACACUCCUUUACAAAACGCCGUUGAAUUGAAAGUAGAUGACGAUUUAUUGGUUGCUAGAAUCACUGGUAGAUUGAUCCAUCAAGCUUCCGGUAGAUCUUACCACAAGUUAUUCAACCCACCAAAGGAAGACAUGAAAGAUGAUGUCACUGGUGAACCAUUGAUCCAAAGAUCUGAUGAUAACGCUGAAGCUUUGAAAAAGAGAUUGGGUGCUUACCAUCAACAAACCGAACCAAUUGUCGAAUACUACAAGAAGAGUGAUAUUUGGUCCGGUAUUGAUGCCAGCAAGAAACCAACUGAAGUUUGGGAAGAUAUCUUGAUUGCUUUAAACAAAAACUAA